AGAACAAGGACUUCUGGGAAAUUCUCCUGAGAAGCAAGGUCUUGGGUGCUGAGAAGCAGAAGGGAGUGGAAGGAGGAGGUGUUUCUCUGGGCCAUUUCAAGACACCUAUGGAGAUUUCUGUCGCUGAUAGAAUUCCUAACAUUGAAGAUCCCUGUUUAAAACAUCACUGGUUCCUGUCAAGAAAACUUAAUUUCUCUGAAGACUUUCAUUUCAUGAACUAUGGAGAUACUGGACUCAAAUUGUGAUACAAGCGGAAUAAAAAUAUGAGGGAAGAGGAGUACUGGGAGGAUUUAAGGAGGUGCAAAAAGGUUUGGAAAAUACAGGGCUGAAAAAUGGACGUCAAUGGAUGAAGAUAAGAUUGAAACUAAGGAUUUAAGUCGGAGGGAAAUGGAAACAUUGGCAAACACCUUCACCCAGACCUCCUGUCCUCAGUUCUGAUACUUCAGUUUUUCCAUCCUCGUCCGAAGGCAAUAACUUCCAGACUUCAGCAAAGGAGCAGAAAGAUCUAUUCUUUCCCUCGCAAGAAGAGGCAGACUUAUCUGAAGAAAUGGAUACUUCUCCCUCCAAAAAAUAUCCUGUUAAGAAACGUGUUAAAAUACAUCCCAACACAGUGAUGGUACAAUAUACUUCUCAUUACCCCCAACCAGGAGAUAGUGGCUAUGAAGAAAUAAAUGAAGAUUAUGGAAGCUUUAUGGAGGAGAAUCCAAAGAAAGGACUAUUGAGUGAAGUAAAGAGAAAAGGAAGAACUUUCUUUGGGGCUAUGGAUAGUCGAACCCCACCAACUGAAGACCCAAAGGCCAAUGAAACUGAACAAUUCCGGAGCUUUGCAGACAGAAAUAUUUUUCAGUCUAGAAAGACUUGGAUAGUGUUGUUUGGAUCUGCUUUGGCUCAUGGAUGUGUGGCCCUUAUCACUAGACUUGUUUCUGAUCGUUCCAAAGUGCCAUCUCUAGAACUGAUUUUCAUUCGAUCUGUCUUACAGGUAUUUUCUGUGUUAGUUGUGUGUUACUACCAGGAACCCCCUUUUGGACCCCGAGGAUAUAGACUGCGGCUCUUUUUCUAUGGUGUCUGCAAUGUUAUCUCCAUCACUUGUGCUUAUACAUCUUUCUCAAUAGUUCCUCCCAGCAAUGGAACCACUAUGUGGAGAGCAACAACCACAGUAUUUAGUGCGAUUUUAGCUUUUUUGCUGGUAGAUGAACGAAUGGCUUACAUUGAUAUGGCUACAGUUGUCAGCAGUAUCUUGGGUGUCUGCCUUGUUAUGAUCCCCAACAUUGUUGAUGAAGAAAACUCUUUGCUGAAUGCCUGGAAAGAAGCAUUUGGGUACACCAUGACAGUAAUGGCUGGAUUGACCACUGCUCUUUCUAUGAUAGUAUAUAGGUCCAUAAGGGAGAAGAUCAGUAUGUGGACUGCCUUGUUUACCUUUGGUUGGACUGGGACAGUGUGGGGAGUGUCCACUAUGUUCAUUCUUCAAGAACCUAUCAUCCCAUUAGACGGAGAAACUUGGGGAUACCUCAUUGCUAUAUGCAUCUGUUCUACUGCAGCUUUCCUGGGAGUAUAUUAUGCACUGGAUAAAUUCCACCCAGCUUUGGUUAGCACAGUGCAACAUCUGGAGAUUGUGGUGGCUAUGAUCUUACAGCUUCUAGUGCUACACAUUUUCCCCAGUGUCUAUGAUGUCUUUGGAGGAGCAAUCAUCAUGAUCAGUGUUUUUGUCCUUGCUGGUUAUAAGCUUUAUUGGAGAAAAUUAAAAAGAGAGGACUAUCAGGAGAUACUAGAUUCUCCUAUUAAAUGAACCCAAUUUUCAUGUUCUGAAUCAUAUUCAAUUAUGUGCACUGCCAUGUUGUAUUCAUGUAUCAAUUUUUUUGUGUCAUAUAAUGGACAGAGUUCUUAUAAUAUAUAGAUAUAAAAAGAAAAAUAUGCAAAUAUAGAAAGAUUUAUAUUAGACUAAAUAUUAUAAAUGCAAAUAUUAAAUAUAUGAAAGACCCUGAACUUUGGCCUUUAAAAAUUAUUUAUUUUAUUAAGGAUUAGCUGAUAGGAAGGUAUCCAUCCUAGCCUUAGUUAUCAUCAGUUUCUGCACAAGUAGCAAUUUCCCCUUAAAAGAAAAUAUAAGCGUAUUGAAAUUCAGAAAUUAGAAAAAGUUAAAUAGUAUUAUGGCAACUUUCACAGUGAUAGCUAUUUCAACAUUAUACCUGAAUGCCUUCCUAUACACAGUGUACAUUGUUGAAAAGCUCUCCAUAAAAAUAGAUUCUGAUUAUAAAACCUGACUUUCUCACUGACUUGCAUUAUUAAUUUGGAAAUUGGCAGUAGCUGAGAAGGGAACUAAGGGAGUAUGUUUAGGGUUAGAAGCAGCUGGUGAAGAAGGAAGGCUUUUCUCUGAUUCAGCUUUGGUUGUAAGUAGCAGGCACAGCAAAAAGCUGGUCACCAUUAGCGGAGGAGGUGGGGCAGAGGUUAGUUUUCCUCAGACUUUGUGGGUCCAGUUCACUGUCCCAUUGCUGAAGCACUAUUCUUUUCCAUUUAGCUUACCAGGUUUACAAAUCUCUCUUGUCAGUGAAAAUAGUAAAGGACCAAAUUAAUGUGUCAAGUUAUCUAAAGACUUUUCCCAGGGGAACCAAAGAAGUCUAAAGGGCACAUAUUAAUGUGUCAAAAUAUAUUCUCUUUCUAGUGUUAUUAAUUCAGUUAAAACACUGUUCUGCCUGUUGGAUUUGCAUGGAUAGGGAAACUGUACAACUAAAUUUCAACCCAUAGCUGACUUUUUGAAAAUGAAAAGUGAACGCAGGAAUGUUCUUUAUUCUGCAGUAAUUAAUGGGCUUUCUGACUUGCCAUAAUGAUGCUUUAGUUUCAGAUACUGAAAUCCUGUUCAUUUCAACUUUUAGUUGCUGAGUCUGACUGCUGAGUCAACUGAAUUCUCAGAGGCCACAUGAGAUAAUAGAAAUCUCAUCAAACUGGUAAUUAGGAGAGUUGGAUACUAAUGCUAGCUGGUUAUUUCUUAGAUGUAUGCAACCCUGGACAUGCCACAACUUCUCUGGGUCACAGUUUCUGUACCUGUAAAAUGAAGAGAUUGAGGUAGAUGAUCCUCCCUCCCACCUCAAUUUUACAACUCCUUGGUUUUUUAUUGGACUUAAAAAAAUAAAAAUAAACAAACAACAUUUUUCUAAAUUGUUUAUGAAGUACAUUUAAGAUACUUUAACUAAUAAAUGUGUGGCUGUUUUUCUCAACCUUUGGGGCCUGAGUUAGUCAGGAAGGGAAUGCAAGGAUAUUUUAAUUAAAAUGCCAUUCUUCUACUACCAGAAUCUGAAAUUACAAAAUGUCUGAAGUUUACAAAAAAGAUUAUUCACUCUAUAAAAGCAUCCACCACAGAUUUCCUCUGAACAGACAACUUUACUACUAAAGUUGAAUUUUAUGUACAAAAAUUUAAUUUAUAAUUUUUUCAAAGAUACAUUUAAUAAACAUUUGUACAAUAGGUAUCAAUUUAAAUUGAAAAAAUAUAUAUAUGCAUGGAUAGGAUAUAUCAGUAAUAGUAGAAAUCUUAUAACUAAAUUUCAGCCCAUAGUUGACUUUUUGAAAAUGAAAUGUGAAUGCAAAGGUGUUCUUCACACACACAAACACACAUACACGGAGAGAGACAGACUGUGCUAGGCAUUAUGAAGACUUUGACCAAGAAUAAGAGACAUGGUCCUUUCCUUAAGGUGUUUAUAGUCUUGUUUCAGAAACAAAACAUAUUAACCCAAGUUAAAAUAAUUUAGAGCUACUUUACUAUUUUUGUUGGCAGAUGGAGGGAUGGAUGGUUUACAACUACAUGGUUAAUAUCAGCAACACCAUCUGUGGUAAUUGCCUUGUCAUGACCCCCAAUAUUAAUGAGAGAUCUUUGCAAAGUAAAAUUAAUUACUUGAAUGAAGUGAUACAUGACUGAUACAGAUAAUGAAUGUUGUAGGAAUAAAGAAUGUUUUGGUCAAUGUGGGCUAGAAUAGACUUAGAAAUUUUCAUGAAAAGGUGAGGCUAGACAGAGGGAAAAUUUAGAUGAGCAGAGAAAAGCCAUUUCUGAAUUUCUUAUCAGAAAUUCAGAAUUAUUCUUAUUCAGAAAUUCUGAAUUACUUAUCAGAAUUACAGAGAAGAAUUUAUGAAUAAACAAGACAGAGAACAUUGUGGAAUGAAGAAUGAAUAAUUUUGAUUACAUUAAAAAGGUUUUGUACAAAUAAAACCAAUGCAGCCAAGUUGGGAAGAAAAGCAGAAAACUGGGGGAGGAUUAUGUAGUCAAUUUCUUGUAUACAGGCUUUAUUUCUCAAAUAAAUAAAGAAUGAAGUAAAAUUUA